UUUCUCUAACUUCAUCCGCCCUCUCAAGUGCCUUCUACGAUCAUACAUUCCACCCAUAUUCACCUCCGUAUCAUCAGUCAUGGUUGACCGCCCCAAGAAACCCGGCCCAAUCGAUGCUCCUAAGCCCUCUUCUGCCCCGCAGCCCAUUGUCGAUAUCGCCCAAGACAACUCUACCGUCACCGCGAAGCUGCCCUCAGGCGAAAGCGUUUCUGUACUGUUAUAUGGUGCCACUGUCACAAGCUGGAAGAAUGCGGACGGGUCUGAUAACAUGUGGUUGAGCGAGAAGGCAAGCUUGGACGGGAGUAAGCCAGUGCGCGGGGGUAUUCCAGUCGUGUUUCCUGUCUUUGGUCCCCCGCCCUCCGACCACGCAACAUCCUCUCUUCCACAGCACGGAUUUGCACGCAACUCGCGUUGGGAAUACCUGGGUAAAUCAACGUCCGAGUCUCCUCCGGGCGCCACAGCCGCGGGUGAUGGUGGCGUGAAGCUUGACUUUGGUCUCUCGAACGCGAACCUCAGCGAUGAGUUCAAGAAAGCCUGGCCACACGAAUUCGGGCUUGUGUACAGCGUCACGCUGACAAAAAUUGGGCUGCACACCAGUCUGAACGUUCGGAAUGAAGGUAGUGGGACCUUUGAGUUUCAGGUGUUGCUGCACACCUACCUGAGAAUUGCGGACAUCUCCAAAACAAGCAUAACCGGCCUCAUGGACGUCUCUUACACCGACAAAGUCCUCAACGCAACCACUCACACUGAGUCCAAUGCCUCUCUCAGUAUCUCCGGCGAAGUUGACCGCGUAUACGCGUCGAUCCCGCAAGAUACAACUUCCGUGCUCAUAGACAAUAAGCCCCGCUUCGACGUGGUACGGGACAACUUCCCGGACACGGUGAUUUGGAAUCCAAGCAAAGAGAAGGCUGCCGGAAUGAAAGACUUCGCACCAGCUGAUGGCUGGAAGAACAUGAUCUGCGUGGAAGUUGGACAUGUGAAUAGUUGGGUGAAAUUGGAAGGCGGUGAGGGAUGGGAGGCCGGGCAGGUCAUCAAGAGCCUACUGUAGUGAACUGGAAUCUGACAGAGGGAUGGAGUAUCGAACAUGGGCUGCCAAGGACUCAGGAACGGAUCCUUUGGAUGAGAUGUAGGACACCAUGGUUCAGAUAUCAAGGGAGGUCUAGACGUUUGGGCCAGCACACAUAGGCAUGUGUGAGACAUCAACCCUUUUUCAGGCAGUGGUGUGGUUAGCACAAUAGAAACGAUCCACAGGUAUGGAAUAGCAAUAACAAUUUUGCUUGCUCAGGUGAUUGCAAUACUGUUCUCAGGAUUCGCUGGCGAUUGGCGUGUUCAUUCUACUGUAACCCGUAUGAAGUCAUGUGUUCUACAAGUAACUCUCUGAGCUAAGAUCUUUCCUAUGAUAUCUAUCCGAGAACGAC